CCGCUGACCUUCCCUGGCCGGCGCUGUCAGAGCGGAUCAGCGGGCGCGGCGCUGCAAUGGAGCGGCGAGCGGCAGCCGCCGGGAGAGGAGGAGGAGGAGGAAGGGAGAGAUUAGUGCGGUACCGGCUGGCGCAGAGGCGCGGCUGAGCUCUCCAGCGGGAGCCCGGGGCCCUGCGGACCGUGCGAGAGCCAGAGGCGGAAGGAGCAGAGAUGCGGCUGCUCCCGCCGCUGUGCUGAAUCUCCCCGUCACUCUCCCGGAGGAGGGAGGAAGGGAAGCUUCGUCCUCCUCGCGCUCUGCGGGUGCAAAGAGUGCCUGUGCUGUCCCCUCCUCUUGCUUUUAUCCCAGCCCCGGAGCAGAAGGCGCCGCCGCCCCCUCUGCCUUCCUGCGCUUUUCCCACCAUGAGCGGGGCUGUUUUCACCUUAUAAAGAUGGCGGUGCGGGAUCGCUGCAACCUUUAGACUAAUGACCGUCAGAAACAUCGCCUCCAUCUGUAAUAUGGGCACCAAUGCCUCUGCUCUGGAAAAAGACAUUGGCCCAGAGCAGUUUCCAAUCAAUGAACACUACUUUGGAUUGGUCAAUUUUGGGAACACCUGCUACUGUAACUCCGUGCUGCAGGCACUGUAUUUUUGCCGGCCGUUUCGGGAAAAUGUAUUAUCAUACAAGGCCCAACAGAAAAAGAAGGAAAAUCUCUUGACUUGCCUGGCAGAUCUUUUUCACAGUAUUGCUACUCAGAAGAAGAAAGUUGGAGUUAUUCCACCAAAGAAGUUCAUAUCAAGGCUACGAAAAGAGAAUGAUCUCUUUGACAACUACAUGCAGCAGGAUGCACAUGAGUUUUUAAAUUACUUGCUCAACACCAUCGCAGACAUAUUGCAGGAGGAGAAGAAACAGGAAAAGCAAAAUGGGAAACUGAAAAAUGGCAACAUGAAUGAAGCUGAAGAGAACAAUAAGCAAGAACUCACCUGGGUGCAUGAGAUUUUUCAGGGAACACUGACUAACGAAACUAGAUGUUUGAACUGUGAAACCGUUAGUAGCAAAGAUGAAGAUUUUCUUGACCUUUCUGUUGAUGUGGAGCAGAACACAUCAAUUACACACUGUCUAAGAGACUUCAGUAACACAGAGACAUUAUGUAGUGAACAGAAAUACUACUGUGAAACUUGCUGCAGUAAACAAGAGGCACAGAAAAGGAUGAGAGUAAAAAAACUGCCAAUGAUUCUUGCCUUACACCUCAAGAGAUUCAAGUAUAUGGAGCAAUUGCACAGAUAUACUAAGCUGUCUUAUCGUGUAGUAUUUCCUCUGGAGUUACGUCUCUUCAACACAUCUGGCGAUGCUGUCAACUUAGAUCGCAUGUAUGACUUGGUAGCUGUUGUUGUUCACUGUGGAAGUGGGCCGAAUCGGGGGCAUUAUAUUACUAUUGUGAAAAGUCAUGGAUUUUGGCUCUUGUUUGAUGAUGACAUUGUAGAGAAAAUAGAUGCUCAAGCUAUUGAAGAAUUCUAUGGUCUGACCUCUGAUAUAUCAAAAAAUUCAGAGUCUGGCUAUAUUUUAUUCUAUCAGUCAAGAGAGUAACUUGGCAAACUGUGACAAUUGCGCACAAUGAUGCUGCACGUGAGAGACUCUGACGGACCCCCUUAACUGACUUUUGCACAGACCACGUCUUGUGUGGUUGAACGACGAUACACUCUGUCUCCUAUUAAAUGGUCUAUGUGAUAUUGACUAUAAUUGUCCAUUUUUGACAUGUAAAACUUUGUUUGGGGGGGGGGGGUGUUCGUAGUUUUUAAGUGUGAUUGAAGAAUUAAUUGCAGUCAGAUUUUAGUGGAAUUUAUAUGGACUACCAUUUACAGAUAAUAAGAUUUGGAUGUCAACUGUUAAACCCAGUCCAGCUAGAGUAGUAUUUUAUAUGGAAGUGUUCACUGCAUUUAGACAAAAAUUGUUUAAAACUUUCUAAAUGGAUUUGGGGUGUGUUGAUUUACAAAGCAUUCCUUUAAAUACUGACAUAUAUGUACCCAUUUUAAUUGUAAGGAAAAAAACAACUGUUUCAUGAUGAUUGGAAUUGUGAUUGUAUAGGGGAUUUCUUUUUUUUUUUUGAACAUGUUACUCUCUGAUAUUGUUUCAAAAUCUUUUAAGCUUUGGGUUAUUAAAAAGUUUCAGUGCAUAACCUCAGGCCUAAAAUUCACAUAGAGGGAUUUAAAUUGUAGUGGAACCAAGUAAUUCUGUAUGUCCAGUCACUUUGUUUAUCAUGAGAUAAUACAGGUGAGGUGAGAUUUCAGAACUUACAGAGCACUGGAAUAAAGGGAGUGAGAUGACACAUAUGACACAAAUAAAUUGCAUGUAUGGAGGUUGAACUUAUCUUUCCAUAAAAAUAUCAUGGGUUGUUUACUUAAGUUUGCAGAGGUUGCAACAGUGCUCACAUAUGACAUCCUUCAGGACUGAAAUGACAGUGCAUUUAACGGUGGUGUUCACACAGUACAUAAGACAUUAAUUGAUCCUACAAUUUUCUGUAGGUUCUAUUUUCAUUUCUCAAGACAGAGUCCAUUUCUUAGCAACAUAACGUAAUGCAUAACAACCACUAGUUUACACUCACUGUCAGGUACAUACCAUCUCUAACUUUUUGGCCUUGUAUGACAGCAUUAGAGUCACCACAGAAACAGAUAGGCUUCUGGAGUGUCUGACUUUAAAAACAUCAAAAGGCUUAGUUUGUGAUUUUACUGGGUGAAUUUGGCUGGCAUUAGUCAAGUACUGGCUAAUAAAAUUGCUGUACUCACUGGAAUUUGGCAAAGAAUGAAUGUAGAAGAAAGUAUCAACAGGGAAUGAGAAGGAAUCAGUAUAAGGUUAAGGCAGGUGGUAACGCUGCGUAAGCACCUUGCUUAGUUGGACAGUUUCACUCCAUGAUACAAUUCUUGAAUUUCAGUAGCCACAUUCCUGUUGCAAUGAAGUCAACAACAAAAACACUCUUCAUGUCUUUAGGGGCACUGAUAGUUGAUUCUGGUAUUUGCAAGGAAAUAUUCUCAUCUCACAAGGUAUAUUUCUACCUGUUAUAUUUCAUUCACUCUCAUUAAGUAUUUAAUAGACAAUGCUGCUUUUGGUCCUUCUUUAAGAAGCCUGACUGCCACUUUAUGGCCAACACUCCAUUUCAAGAAAAGGCUUUUGAAGUGCAGUUAAAUCUUAUAAUUUAUUCUUCUAUAGGAAAGAGAAUAACUUUUUUCAUUGUAAUCUACUGUGAAUGUAAAAUAUAGUUUGCUAAAUAAUGGUGAAAAUGAAGUACUAGCUUCUACUGUAACAUCAACUGAAGUUCAGUUGGUUUUAUCAAUGGCCAUUUUGUAAACUGAAGAGAUGUAGCACUUUAUACUGAAUGAGAAACUUAAGUGGACUUUUCAUCUAACUUUACUUGUGACUUACCAUGUUGUUAUACCAAUACAAGAAAACAGACUUAGAAUGUAACCUUACUUACUUGGGUGAACAAUAAUAGUGGUCUACAAAGAUCACUCACAUGAAUGAAAGCUCAUAUGCAGGCUCAAGACAAGCAUAAUUGAGAUGCAGCUCUAGUUCUAUUAUUGAUGUUAGAAUGAAAUGUUCUGUCUCGAACACAGGAGACAGGCAUUUUACAGACUUCAAUUCUCACUGAAGCCCAGGAGUUUUUCCAUUGAAAAGCUAAACCUGCAAACCCCUCUUUAAUGUAUUUAUUUAUUAGCAUUCAGAAAUUCCAUAUAAAAAUGUAAUAAUCACUUGCCUUUUUAAAAGGGGUAAGGUUUCCUUGUUGUGAAUGAAGGCACCUUCUUGAUCGGCAUUAGCCAGUGCUGGUUCAAGGGCCUGUACUUCAUGGCUUACUGCUACACAUUCUUAGAGCAUUCUUCAAGUUUAAAACAAGUAACAAAAAAGAUAUUCUUGAGGUAUUAUUUGCAAGUUAUGGGCUCACGUUUAUAUGAAAAGUAAUUUUUCAUUAAAGUAAUUUUUAAAUCAGUUCAAUUUUUCAGAAAUAUUUUCCAUAUUUCAGUUGAUUUACUGGAAAAUUGAUUUCUUAAAAGGUUAAUUAUAUGAAUUAAUAUUUAAAUGCUAAAGUACAGGAUAAUAAUCUUUGGUUUUCUCCAGCUGCAAGACAGCUCUAGGUUGCAAAAUAUGCAGGUAACUGCAGUAUUUUGUUGAGAGUAAAAUUACUAGAAUAAGCCUUUUCAUAGAGUAUACUGUAAAUUCAUGCUAACCCAUGGAAAGAGCACAGCCCUGGUAUCACACCAGUCCAUCAUCAGUGGUCCAAUUGUAACUCUAAAAUAUUGUGGAAUACUCACUUCAUGCCAACACCAGCUCAAGUAAGGAACAUUUUCUUUUGAUUAGAAAUGAAAAAUGCAGUCACAAUUCUUUGAAUUAUAUACAGUCUACAGUGUGCUGAAUGUCUUGACUUCAGUCCAUCAAAAGGUGUCCAUCGCGGUUGUAGUAAUACUGCCAGUCUGGGCAGCAGAACUCUGCUGUGCCAAAUUAAGAACAUCCGCAUUGGUUUUGCAGGAUCCUCACAGGAACAAUCAUACGAUAUAAAUUAUUUUAGUUGAUUACAUAAAACGUAAUCCUUUUUCUCUUAUUCUUCUGUGUAGCUUUCCAGUCCCUUAUGAAAGAAUGGAAAAACAUCUAGGACAAUAGAAGGUUUUCAGCCAACAGCUAGAAAACAAACCGGUAGCACAGAUGUGUCCAAUAGUAUUCUGUGCUUCCCUAAAAUUACUUUUUUAUAGUGUCAGGUUCUGAGCACAUUAGGACUAAUGACACCUGAAGUUUUCUGCUUGUUUCACAUGCUGUUGCUGGGAUGUGUUGUCCAUUUAUAAAUCUUAUUACUAUGUUCUUACUUAGAAAAAAGAACAUUUCUGUCCUGUGCUGUUUUUCCACCAAACCCAACUGAAGUGCCGCAGUGCUGAUGAAUCAGUUAUCUUAGAGGAUGAGCUCAGACCUCAACUUUUAUAUUUCACAGAACAGGCUGUCAGGAUUUUAUGUAAUUUCUAUUUCUGGGACAUAGCAGAGGGAGGCAGAAGAGGGGAGUAAUGGAAAACCGUAUCAGUGAAGCAGAACACCUUCCUGAGGAAUUAAAUCCCCAAAUUAUUCAUGUCAAUCUUAUUUUAAUAAUUUACAGUUACCUCAGAGCAGUAGACUACAUCUUAAAAGUAUUGUUCCUUUAGCAGCUGGAGUAAAGAAAAUAAAUCAGUAGGUGUUUCAUUUGUAUUAGAUUUAAUAAAGAUAUCAAAGACCUAACUAAGCUGAAACUGAAAUUCAUGUUACUUGUUGGGUCCCAAAGUGCCCCCACAACCUGUCUUUUACCUUCAGACAUCACAUUCCGUUCACCCAUCUGUUACAGCAUCAUGUACUUGGGACCUGAGCUGACAGCUUGCAGCUGCCAGUGGUUUGAUGGUCUCAGCAGCAGACCCUUCUUGUUUCAGCUCUUUUUUGCUGUUGGUGGCUGACAAGUGUUAGCACUAUCUUACAGCUGAAUGUGUACUAGAAAUUUUAAGAAGUUUUGGCUGUGUACCUGAUGUUUGUUAGUGUUUGUUUUAAUUUAUUUCUUUUUCAUUGGUCUGUUACUGUAUUUGUAGAAUAACUUAUGUAGUUGAUAUUAUUUGUUUUCUGUUCUAAUUUUUAUGUACUUUGAUUUUUUUACAAUGUAAUCAACCUUAGCACUUUAAGAAACAAUUUCAAUCUUGUGAAAUUCCAAUCAGUUUAACAUUUUGCCUUUGUCUUUUUGCUUUUGUAGCUGUUUGCUUAUGAUCCAACGUCUCUAGUUACAACCCAGUUUCCGUUUUUAGGCUUGUGGUCCCGGCUGGGUUGUAAACUUGGGAAACCCAAAUUUAUUCAUACAUAACAAGGAUGCAGUAUUUACUAUGUGUCUGCUACACAUAGCAGUAUGUACCUGAUGAGUUGCACUCAGUGCACAUUUCAUAGCCUUUUUUGCACUCUACCUGCUAACCUGAGAAUUACUUUAAUACUUCAAUCUGUGGCACAGUUAUCAAUUAUUAGGAUUUAGAAAAGCUCCUCUUCUCACAAGAGAAUUCCUUUUACCAAACAGAGUUAGCUGGCAGUCAGCUGAUCAUGCAGGUAUUGCUGUCUUCACCAUUUUAGCUGUGCUCUGUACAGUCUCAAGUAUGAAUAAUCCUAACUGCUGAAUUUAUUCUUGUGUAAGUCCUAGCAAGGAGAGCAAUCUUUUUGCAACUUCCUUCUAUCCACUUGGGCUCAUAUAAGAGAACAUAAAGCAGGAAAAGUGCUGGUUUAAGAAAAGCCACACCAUCUAGCAAAGACAUUGGAUGUUUUAGAGUCCAGCAUCUGUGACACCCGUAUCAGAAAGUCACUGACUUUUUUUGUUGUUAAUGAAAGGGUUAUUCUUAGUUGUUUAGACAUUGUACUCUCUUUGAUCAAUUAAAAGUCCAGGUCUUUUUCCUGUUGCAUCAAUUCUGUUGCUGAGGUAUUUCUUCACAAUUUAACAUGGCACUUCAUAUUUAAAUGGCCCUUGGGAAACCUCAAUAGACACUCUUUUAAUUUGUUUCCAGUUAGCAUGCGUUACUUCAAAGAGAUAGCUUGAACCUGUCCACAAGGCUUACUCAGAUUAACACAGACUUUUUGCACACAGGGUCAAAUAACGGUACGUGCCCACCUGAUGGGACCUUCUGGUCUAAGCCCACACCUUUUUACACACUAAUAAUUCUUUACCUCCUAGGAGGUUUGCUUGCUGGCUUUGUCUGAAUGGUUUAAUAUGAAACCACACAUAACUCCCUUUAUUCAUAGUUUCACAGUUGCUAUAAUACUUUAGUAAUUUUGCUGCAUUUGGUUAUCACAACUGGGACUAUUGCACAAUUUAAAAUAAAUAACUUUUGUGUGCCAUUCACAGUGAUCAAUUUAACAGCCUAAUGCUUCUGGUGAAGGCUGUUGCAGGUGGCAACGUUGCUAUAUGCAAGAAUAAUAAAGAGUAAGUGGCUUUUCUGUGAUAGCACAGUACAUCUGCAGGAGAAGCAGGACUGUCACACAGCUUCCUAGCACUCAGCUUGCACACAUCUGAAGUUGGUGCUCUGUCCUCUAGAUAAUCCUAAUCCUUCUCUUAGGGGUUUGAAAGUGGCAGAAGCAAACCCUUUGUGAAGACACCUUGUGAUUUACCAGAACAUCUUACUUGCCACAGUAGAUAAUAAAUAUUUGCAACCUGUCUCUCCCUGCUCCCCAAAACCUCAUUAAUACACAUACCUUAAAGAUGCUGAGUUUAAAUGUCAGCUUUGUAUUUGCAACGUGCUCGUGUUUGCAAAUGUCCCAUAUUGGACUAUGUUCACGUACUAAAUUGUUUCUUAGUCCUCUCUCAACUGUCAUUCUAACACCAAGAGCAACAUCAGGGUGGCCAUGUCACAGGUUCGAGUGCUUUUCCUGGAAACAAUUUUCAAGCUUCAGUGGCUUUUCUUAAAGAAGACCUAACACAAGCUCAAUAACUUUUCCAUGACUCUUUAGGAAUAAAGUCACCAUAUGCUGUACGAAUAUAAGUGUGGGGCAGGGAGGAGAGCAAAGAGAAGCAGCAGAAAUAUGGAAAGGGCUGGUAUUUUGGAGGCUUUGAAUAUGUAUAUCUGUUUGUAAAUACGGAGUCCCUCUCUACCUUGUCAGAAUGAUGCAAUCAUAAUAAAACUACUUAAAUAUUUUGUGCUAGUUUUUUAAAUGGAGUAAGAAGUAGUAAAAUUAUUUGUCACUCAAUUGGGGACACAUAAAAGUACUGAAUUUCUUGUAAAGAGUACAAUACAUGGUGUAUGUGCACAAUUGAGUAUCUGCUCUUUUUAAUCAUGUACAUGUAAUUAAACGCUGCACUACCUGCAGAACUGUAAGAUAAAUCUCAUGUUGGUUAUUAAGGUUGUAACAUAAGAAAACAGUAUUUUCUCCUGUUAACGUGUUUAUAUUUUACAUAAAAUAAACUCCCUAGCUGAUCUUGCUUCCA